AAAAUCAUAAAUCAGAUUCAUUUAGUUUUUAGAGACGAAUUUUUAUUUGCUUUAUUUGUAAACAUUACUUGCUUUUUUCGAGAGUAAAGAAAAAAUUUGCUAAAGAUGAAUAGAAUAUUCGGCAGAGGAAAACCUAAAGCCCCAGGUCCCAGCUUAACGGAUUGCAUCAGUACUGUUGAUAGCAGAGCAGAUGGCAUUGAACAAAAAGUUAAUAAAUUAGAUGCAGAACUGAGAAAAUAUAAAGACCAAAUGACAAAAAUGAGAGAAGGGCCUGCGAAAAACUCUGUCAAACAAAAAGCAAUGAGAGUUUUGAAGCAAAAAAAAAUGUAUGAACAACAAAUAGAAAAUUUAAGAGCACAAUCAUUUAAUAUGGAGCAGGCAAAUUAUACAACACAGACAUUGAAAGAUACACAUACAACCAUUACAGCUAUGAAAGAUGGUGUACAGUCUAUGAAGAAGGAAUUUAAGAAGAUUAAUAUUGAUUCUAUUGAUGAUGUGAACGAUGAAUUGGCAGAUAUGUUAGAACAAGCAGAUGAAGUUCAAGAAGCCCUUGGUAGGCAAUAUGGUAUGCCGGAGAUUGAUGAUGAUGAAUUGGCUGCAGAAUUGGAUGCUUUAGGUGAUGAAAUAGCCCUUGAUGAUGACACAUCAUACCUCGAUGACGUGGUUAAAGCACCUGCGGCACCUGAUAAGGAACCAGGUGCUGACAGCAUCAGGAAUAAGGAUGGUGUACCGGUUGAUGAGUUUGGAUUACCACAAGUGCCUAGUGCUGCACAUGCUAAGUAACAGUUAUCAGAUUCACUUAAGUGUAAGCAUAUUUUGUCGCUAAAAAAUUAUGUUAAUUUGAAACAUUUGGAAAUUGAAAAGUAUUUGUUAAUUAUUAAAUUAAUAACUUAUGUCCUCUAUUAUUAAAGCGGUUAUUAAUUUUAGCAUGAAAUAUUUUAAGAUUUUUAUUAUAUAGUAUAUUAAUUAAUUUCUGCACAUUUAAAGUAAGUUAAAUAAUUUUAAUUUAAUUACUAUAAGUUUUUCUUCUGAAUAUUAUUUCUGUGAUGCCAACUUUUGUUCCCUUCCGUUGAUAAUAUGUGUACUAAUAAUUCAUUAAUUGUGUUGUAAUAAUUCAGUGGUAUAAAUUUGUUUAUAUCAACAAUGAGCAACAGUUUGUACCUACAAAAUUUUUUUUGCAGUGUUGAAAAAACAAUAAACCCUUAUUACAAAAUAUAUUUUUAAGGCAAUUGCUAAUAAUUAAUUAUUAAUCAUUAUUAUUAAUUAUGAAACAAGAUAAUACAUUAUAAUACAAUAAAAGAUAAGGCAAAGGGCAGUAGAUUUUAGUUGGAGACAGAACAUGUAGUAUUGGGAACAAGAAAAUAAAAUAUGGUCGAGGUCACCAAUAAUGUUUCACAAAAACACAUUGCAAUGUCACAUACAUUUUAGCUUUAGCACAGAAAACUAAAAAAAAGUGAAUUAUAAAAAGUGAUUAGAUCUUGUAGAUAUAUAAAAGAUAGAUAAUAGUUUUUCAUUAUUUAUUAAUUCAAGGUAAAAAAUUAUUUCACAACAUUGGAAUUUAUUAUUCCCAAAUAUAUAUGAGGAGGACUGCCUAAUAUUUAUCCUAUAUUCUAUAUAUUUAAAUUAGGUCUUGUUUGUGCUAAGCCUACAAGGCACUUUUUUGUUUAAUUUUUUGAGUAAUGAAAUGUCUCUCAAAUUAAUAAUGUCUCUCUAAAUCAGGUUGAGAGGUUUAUUUUUGUUGUUCAAUGUUUUUUUCCAUUAAUCAACUACUGAAGAUAGAAAGAGAUUGAGAAUGAGAGAUUAUUUAAUGCACUUAUUACCAGGCUUGUUGUAACAUCUUAAUAUUAUGUAAUGUUUAAUAAAAAUAUUUAAAAACA